UGUGCAAGAAAGUGUGCAGGAAAGCGUACAAGAAACAAGCAUACAAGAAAAUGUGCAAGAAGAAAUUGUGCAAGAAAUUGUGCAAGAAGAAACUAAGGAGAAAACACCAAAGCCUACUACUACAUCCACCACCAGUGCCACCACUACCAGUCAUAAUGGUAACAGAGUAUCAUCGCCUUUGCAUUUUUUCAAAAAGACAGUCAAUUUUUCGUCAACAAUAAGAAAAUUAUUAUUGUGA